CACCGCGGGGUCCCAGCUUCAGGUUGCCUUCUUUGUUUCAACAGUGGAAAUAAAGUACCAUACCACGUGCAUACAUACCUCUCUAUCUCCAUGUGUUUCCCGCAAUAAAAUCUACCACCGAACCGAUCGCGACCCAGCCAUCACUCACGUCGUCAACUUCUGGCAUCCCGCCACCCCUCUGUACCCCGAACGCAAGCAAACAUGUCGUCGCACUUCCAAUCCUCCGGUCGAGGCGGCGCCGGCAACAUCGUCGACAGCUCCAAGACGGCACAGAUCCAGCCCGAGGACCUGAAGACCCCAACCCUCAAAACCUCAAUGGUGACCACAGGUCGGGGCGGGACCGGCAACUUUGCCGCCGGCCUCGAUGCCGAAGAGAAGCGCCGUCGCCAGGACGUUGAGCCAGUCGUCCGCCGCCCCAGCCACGGCGCUAUGCACGUCGGGCGCGGGGGCACGGGCAACGUGGUCAAGGACGCAUCGGCCCCGGCCGCGGUGUCGGAGAAGCCGACAACGCCUACCACCACCGCUGAAGACAGGGAGAAGAGCGGGUCGCCCGUCGUGGGCGGCGGCGAUGGGAAGGAGGACGGCAGCGAGAGUGAUGAUGUGGCUGUGCCGGCGGCGCGCAGGCCCGACGAGGUCGGGUGGGCGGAGAAGGGGAGGAAUUUGCUGUUUGGGAAGAAGUGAAUUUGAGAUUGGGGG